UUGUAAACAAUGGCGGAAACUUUGGAAAGUGGAAAACGUGAUUCCACAACUGCAGAUCUUAACGAUGAGGACGACGAAUGGAUAGGACCACUGCCGGCAGAAGCAGUAAAGACAAAAAAGAGAAAAGUUUUGGAGUUUGAAAAAGUCUACCUCGAUAACUUACCAAGUGCUCAGUAUUAUGAAAAAAGUUUCAUGCAUAGAGAUGUUAUAACACAUUUAGCAGUAUCAAAGAGUGAUUUUAUAGUGACUGCUAGUUGUGAUGGCCAUGUUAAGUUCUGGAAGAAAAAAGAAGAAGAAGGAAUUGAAUUUGUCAAACACUUCAGAAGCCAUUUAGGAAAUAUCCAAGAUCUUGGCAUGAGUCCUAAUGGUGAAUUUUGUUGUACCAUCUCUGAUGACAAGUCUGCUAAAGUAUUUGAUGUUGUUAACUUUGAUAUGAUCAAUAUGAUGAAAUUAACAUAUAAUCCUUUGUGUUGUGGCUGGCUGUUUAAGGCAGGUGAUCCACUCGCAGCUUUAGCAAUAUCAGAUAAAGACAGUGGCUGUAUUUACAUUUAUGAUGGACGAGGGGGAAAUGAUCCAAUACAUAAAAUAGAGAAAUUACAUUAUAAACCUGUGAUUAUUAUUAAGUACAAUAUACAGUAUAAUGUUACAGUAUCUGUAGAUAAGAGUGGAAUGUUAGAAUAUUGGACAGGACCAAAGCGGGACUAUUCAUUUCCUAAAAAUGUAGACUGGGAACAUAAAACUGAUACUGACCUGUAUGAGUUUGCAAAGCUUCAGAUCUCAGUCUUUGACAUAUGUUUCUCACCUGAUGGGAAAUUAUUUGCAACUGUAUCCUCUGAUAGAAAGGUCAGAGUAUUUAAAUUUUUGACUGGGAAGUUGUCCAAAGUUUUAGAUGAAUCUCUCCAACAGUUCACAGAAUUGCAGCAGAUGAAACAGCAGUUACCAAAUAUGGAGUUUGGGAGGAGAUUAGCAGCAGAAAGAGAUCUAGAAAAGUCUGAAGCAUUUCAUUUAUGUAACAUUAUAUUUGAUGAAAGUGGGAACUUUAUUUUGUAUGGAACCAUGCUUGGAAUAAAAGUGAUUAAUCUACAUACAAACAGAUGUGUACGUAUGAUAGGGAAGCCAGAAAACAUCAGAAGUUUAUCAAUAAGUUUAUUCCAAGGUACAGGGAAGAAAAAAAAGGCUGCAAUAGAUGUAGAAACUGCAGCAUCAGACAAUCCAACAUUACAGAAUGUUUUCUUUGAUCCAUUGUUGUUCUGUACAGCUUUUAAGAAAAACAGAUUUUAUAUUUACUCACGCAGGGAACCAGAAGAUACAAAAAGUAUUGAUUCAGAAAGAGAUGUGUUCAAUGAAAAACCAUCAAAAGAAGAAAUUGUAUCUUCUGCACAGGAUGCUUCAUACACAAGAGUAGCUGAAUCUUGUAUUAUGUAUACAACUAUGGGUGAUAUUCAUCUCAAAUUAUUUGCAAAAGAAUGUCCAAAGACUGUAGAGAAUUUCUGUGUACAUUCUAGGGAUGGAUACUAUAAUGGACAUAUAUUUCAUAGGGUCAUCAAAAACUUUAUGAUUCAGACAGGGGAUCCACAAGGAAAUGGUACUGGUGGAGAAUCUAUCUGGGGUGGAGAAUUUGAAGAUGAGUUCCAUCCCUCAUUAAGACAUGACAGACCAUAUACACUCAGUAUGGCUAAUGCUGGACCAAAUACCAAUGGAUCUCAGUUCUUCAUAACUCUUGUGCCUACACCUUGGUUAGACAAUAAACACACAGUUUUGGGAAGAGUGACAAGAGGCAUGGAUGUGGUGCAAAACCUGGGAAAUGUGAAAACAAAUAGUAAAACAGACAAACCAUUAGACGAUAUCAGAAUAAUAAAUAUAGCUAUUAAAUGAUGCUUCUGUCAAUAAAAUAUAUAUUUGUAA